CGGCCACUCUCUGCCGGCGCCUGUCCCCCGCGCUCCUCUCCUCCGCGUCGCCACCGUCGAGAUGCUGCGCUGCGGCCUGGCCUGCGAGCGCUGCAGGUGGAUCCUGCCCCUGCUCCUGCUCUGCGCCAUCGUCUUCGACAUCAUCGCGCUGGCCGGCCGCGGCUGGCUGCAGUCGAGCAACCACGAAGAGACGUCGUCGCUGUGGUGGAAAUGCAACAGCGAGGGCGGCGGCACAGGGUCCUUCGAGCAAGGCUGCCAAAGCCUCAUGGACUUCGCGUGGGGAAGAGCUGCAGCUGCCAUGCUCUUCUGUGGCUUCAUCAUCCUUGUCAUCUGCUUCGUCCUCUCCUUCUUUGCCCUCUGUGGACCCCAAAUGCUUGUCUUCCUGAGAGUGAUUGGCGGCCUCCUUGCCUUGGCUGCUGUGUUCCAGAUCAUCUCCCUGGUAAUUUACCCAGUGAAGUACACCCAGGAAUUCAGGCUUCACGACAAUCACGAUAUCACCUACAUCUAUAACUGGGCCUAUGGCUUUGGCUGGGCAGCCACAAUCAUCCUCAUUGGCUGUGCCUUCUUCUUCUGCUGCCUCCCCAACUACGAAGAUGACCUUCUGGGCAAUGCUAAGCCCAGAUACUUCUACACCUCUGCCUAACGUGGGGAACGAGAGCAGAAGAGAAUCGCUGUGGCUGAGGUGGAUUCCAGAGAAAGAAACUGUUUUCCCCAGAUGAUUUUGAACCUAUGUUUGGCGGUGAUGUCAUAGUGUUCAUAUUAUGAAACUAGUCAAAAAUGUUAACAUAAAUUGAGAGAAAAUGUUUCCUAAAUGGUGUUAUAGUUUUAUAUUCAUCUUUUAUAUGUGUCUUGUGGAGUUAAACGAGACUUCUUUCUUUAAACUAAUUACCUAUCAUAUACCAAUAUUGAAGGAGUCCUGGUGGCACAGUGAUUAAAGCGAUUGACUGCUAACCGAAAGGCCGGUGGUUUGAAACCACCAGCGGCUCCAUGGGAGAAAGAUGUGGCAGUCUGCUUCCAUAGAGAUUUACAGCCUUGGAAACCCUA